AUGUCCGAAACUCAUUCUACAAUGGAAUUGGUGUUAGCAAUAUUGAUCAUAACUGGGUUUUUCUGCUCAUCAUCAAAGGCUCAUACAUUCGAUGUUGGCGGCGAAGAUGGCUGGACCCUUCAUCCCUCCCACAAUUACACCCUUUGGGCCGAAAAAUAUCGUUUUGAGAUCAACGAUCAGCUUGUUUUCAAGUACAAGCAAGGGCACGACACGGUCCUCGUCGUGAACCGAAACGACUACACCAAAUGCAACAAAGAGAACCCGAUAAGGACCUUCAAGGGCGGCCACUCGGUAUUCAAGUUCAAAAAAUCGGGUCCAUUCUACUUCAUAAGUGGACACGACCAAAAUUGCGAGAAAGGGCAAAAGCUCGAAGUCAUAGUACUUUCCAAGAAUCAUCAUUUUCCGACCACCUCGCCGGAAGCGGGACCCACGGCCCAUGCACCAACGGUCGAGCCGCCAUCUCGUUCCCCGUCACCAUCUCCGACAGCCGGCAAAACCCCAUCUCCGGCAAGCAAGCCACCAUCUCGUUCUCCGUCACAAUCUCCAGCUGUGGGAAUAAACACCACACGAAUCUCACCAGUCAAGCCACCAUCUCGUUCUCCGUCACCAUCUCCGGCUGCUGGAAUAAACCCCACACGAAUCUCGCCGGUCGAGCCACCAUCUCGUUCUCCGUCACCAUCUCCGGCUGCUGGAAUAAACCCCACACGAAUCUCGCCAGUUGAGCCACCAUCUCGUUCUCCGUCACCAUCUCCGGCUACCGGAAUAAACCCCACACGAAUCUCGCCAGUCGAGCCACCCUCUCGUUCUCCGUCACCAUCUCCGGCUGCCAGAAUAAACCCCACAAGAACCUCGCCAGUCGAGCCACCAUCUCGUUCCCGGUCCACACCUCCGGCGGCUAAAGCUCCAGCACAUGAGCAGCCAUCUCGUACCCCGUCACCAUCUCCGGCUGCAGGAAAACCAGUCGAGUCACCAACUCAUUCUCCGUCACAAGAAGCAGAAUCUCCCAAGAAGAGUUAUGGUGCACCAGAGCCCGUCACAGAGCAUCCCCACCACGGGCACCGUGGUCUGCACUUUGGGCUGCGUCCUAUCUUUCUUUUUGGGUAUUAA